AUGACGCGAGGACCGCCCGCGCGCGGCGCGCACGGGGCAGCGUCGAGCGGGCCUGGACCUCGCAGCGACGCACGAAGAUGCGAAGCGAUUGCGCGACGGCGCCAAUCGCUGACGCCGCUGGCGCCAGCGCGCGCUGAUGACUCAUGCCGCCGCCGCCCCUGCGAGCCGCGUGCCGCGCGCCAGCGCGCCCGCGAUGGCCGCGCUCGAGCUCCGGUGGGCGAGCCAAGCGCGCCUGCCGGCUCGCGAUGCGCGAUGAUGGGACUGCGCCCCGCGCCGAACUCGCCUCGACGCGUCGCGGGCCGCCGCCGCGCGCCGCGCGCGCCGCGACGAGUCGCGCCGCGCCGCCUCGCAGACGCGCAGCAGCUGAGCGCGACCAUGCCCCGCGGUCGCGAUGAACCGCUCGCGCUACGCGACAACCCCGCCGAUGAGCGCCGCGCACGGAACCUGCGAUUCCCGCCCGCGAUUCGGCGCCCGGCGCGCAGCGCGCCCCGCCAGCCGCCCGCAUUGCGCGUCCAGCCGGCAGCGCCGCAACGGACGCGGGCCGCGAGCGCAGCGCGACGCCGUCCGUGCGAGCGAUGCAGCUCGCUCUGGCGCCGCGAUCUGCACGGUCGCAGUGCGCCGCGAUCAGCGCCCUCAGUGCAGCGCGCAGCGGCGCGAGCACGCUCGCGACCCCCUUACCGCCUGCGCGGGUCAAGCGUAUGA